ACAAAAAAUCCAGCCAUGUUGCAGACACUUCUGAUUUGGGCCAUGUUUGCCACAAAUCUCCCUUCUCCAACCAGACAGAGUUGCUUCAAGGCAAAUGAAACUCAAUGUCACAAUGUGGACUUUGCUACCGGAUCUGACCUGGCAGGAGAGGGCUUUGACAUCACCACCAUGCAACGGAAAGGGGCCUUUGUUAUCGAUAUGAGCACCUGGCUCCAGGACGACAAAUCCUGUACUCUGUGUAAAAACCCCUACAUGAAAGGUCAAACACAGAAGCUCCCGGUUUCUGUGGUGGACUGGAGACCGAGUCCAAAGUGCAACGUGAAGUUGUCCAGCUCUGUCUACCAGUCCAGCGAAGCCUUGGUCAGUGCCAGCACCACCUCUAUUGAGAACAAUUGGAAGAUAGGCUUGAAAAUAAUAACUCCAGAAGUCCAGGGAUCACUUAUACUCGCAGGCAGUAACUCUAAGCUGGCUGAAUAUUCAAUGGCAAAAACCAAAAAAGACAAGUACAGCUUCACCAGUCAUGCUGUCUCCUGUGGAUAUUACAGCUACCGGAUUUCAAGCCGUCCACUCCUGCACCCAGAGCUAAGUAACGAGUUUGGAAAUCUCCCUGAGAUAUAUAACGAGUCUACAAAGCACUUAUAUUACAAGCUGAUUGACAAGUUUGGUACUCAUUAUAUCACAAAGGUGACUCUGGGUGGAGAGGUUCGCUCUGUGACCAGCAUCAAGGAGUGCCAGGCGACCCUACAGGGUCUGAGUGUGGAUGAGGUGAAGAUGUGUCUUGAUGUGGAAGCGUCUGUCAGCAUGGCAAUAGCUGUAAACCUGCAAACUGAGGCUCAUCACUGCAAGCAAUCCAAGGACAAGACUCUGAGCAAAAAGAGCUUUUCUAGCAGCUUCAGUGACAGGGAAACAAAUGUGAUCGGUGGUCACACUCAGAAUGUUGACCUACUCUUCUCAUCAAAUAAUGACCCCAAGGCAUAUAAGGAGUGGGUUUCAUCUCUGCCUGCUCACCCUGAUGUGCUUUCCUACUCACUCGAGCCCCUUCAUGAGUUGCUGCCAGCAAAGACACAAAAGCAAGUGCAAUUGGGCAAUGCCAUCAAGGAUUACAUCGUCCAGAGAGCUCUGCUGAAAAACUGCACAAGCCCAUGUAAGAUCGGUGUGAAGACCAACCCCAAGGAACCGUGCAGCUGCACCUGCCACAACAAACCAGAUGUGGCCCUCAACUGCUGCCCCACUCAGAGAGGAGCUGCUCAAGUCACCAUAACUGUGAUCAAAGCUGAAGGAUUGCGUGGAGAUGUGUGGAGUCAAACAGAUGCAUACGUCAAGAUCCUCCUCAAUGGAAAGAUCAAUCGAGGCCAAACGUCCAGGAUCCGAGAUAACAACUCACCCAUUUGGAACCAGAAUUUCAAUCUUGGAACUGUGGAGCUUACUCAGUACCACAGUGUGACAUUGCAGGUGUGGGAUGAGGACAGUAAUUCAGAUGAUGAUCUUCUUGGGGAAUGCAGAGUUUCACUGAAAUCUGACAAAAAAAUCUGUGAGCUCAAUCAUGGAAUGCUGUAUUAUGAAGUGCAGGUGAAGUGCAUCCCUGGUUUGGCUGGUCCUUCAUGCAUGGAGUACAAGCCCUCACCCAUGGAGCCACAGCUGGAAAAAGUCUACGUGUCCCGAAACGCUCGCCCGAUUCCCAGAGGCAUGCUGCUGGAGAUGGGCGUGCUCCUCGAUGAAUGCAUUCCCCGCUUCAACCAGAGCAACAUUCACAAAGCUAAAGGUCUUGAAUUGUAGACCAGUUGUGUUCUUUGUGCAGCGAUCGCAUAUUCACACCAACGAUUAUAAAGUUUCAAGUAGAAUAGGUGCACAUAUU